UUGUCUCGGGUCCAUGGAGUUGGGGUGAGGGACAAGUAAAAGAGAAAGCUUAUUGAGGUUUUUGAUGUCCUGUCCACUCGGUUGGGGAAUGGUGUUUUGUUGUUGUGCAUGUAACUCACGUCUUCGUCCGCUUCAUAACAAUUAUAGCUCCUCCUUCGUUCUCUUGGCCUGGUUGUGGACUUGUGGUUCUCGACCAAUGCGAACAAAAUAACAACCACCAUAGCAGUGGCCAGACAACACAAUUGAUGUUGCUUCAGUAUCGAUUCGAUCAGCCUUGAAAUUGGCUUUCAUCGUCUAACCUAGUGGAGUGCCCGUUAUUGUGCAUCCCUUCAUUGGAGUCAAUUCGGGUGGUCUCCAAAGUCCGGGGCCCUUCAAUCUUUGACGCCUCGAUCUCGGUCUCGGUCUCAAGUGUAGGACGACGUACGCAGUAUAUGGGAAGGCUGCUCAAUACGACCGAGAGACAAAAACAGCUCUUUUCCAUCGAGUUCUGCACAAGUGUGGACAGUGUCUACGAACGAGCAUUGCUCUGAUCCAUCCAAGCUCAAGGAGGUGGAGAAUGUGUUCCAAUAUCGAGAUUAGCCUAGUCCCACCCAAAUCCCAUCAUGCAUCCUUCCAUUUCCCCGGAGAGCCCAUUGAAGGACGUCUAUUCUUGACAGGAUUGAUCCCCAAUACUCUAUACACAGUUCUGAUUCGCCAUUUAGGCAUCACUCAAUUGGUGACUGGACCUAAGAACACCGUCAACGACGGGCAAGACGUUGAUCAGUCAGUUGUAUUCAGUGAGGAAGUGGGUUCCAAUCCCGUUUGCAUGUUCCAGUUCAUGUGCAUCUAUUCCGAGCAAUGGGAUGAUAUGCCGAGUCAGGUCAAGGACCACAUUAAAAUCCACAGAAUUUUUCGCCAGAGACCAUCGAACUUGAAGAAUGAGACUUGUCAAGUGAUCGAGAGUUUCGACUUGGUGCUCGCCCCAAAGAGUCCAAAUUCAAUCUCCACCAAUCACCUUGGAUCUUGCCAGAACUUCAUCGAAGUGAAAUGCUUCUCCUCGGAGUUCGGCUUCCAAAAGGCAAGAUUUCCUAUUCAUGUGAGGGCUGUCCAAUUCGAGGAUAACUCCCAGACGACUCGGGAUCCUGUCAUCCUUGAGGAUCAGCUCCACAAUAAUGUGACAGAAUUAGGUGCAAACCACAACCAAACAUUAGAGGGGGCCCGAACAUUGUUCCACGUGGUGGAUUUGAACGAGGAAGUACAACCAGAUGAGCCCCUCAGAGGAAACCGUGGAAUUCCAUGUCUUCCCAAGAAGAAGUUUUCGCCUUCAUUAAGGGCCCAGCCAAGAACCCUGUUCAGGAAGCAUGUUCCCAACUUGGAAAACGAAUCUGCUCGUCCAGUUGGGGACCAUCGAGACCCAGUCUUUGGUUCCCUAUCAUAUAGUGUAAAAUUGGCCAGAUCUUGUUGUGCAGGACAGCAGGUCCAACUUGAAGGCGACUUCCAGUUGCAUUCAAACACAGAAAAUGGAACAGGGCUCGACAUCUUUGUAGAAUUGGACUGCCAAGUCAUGGCACAAACAGACACAGACAAUGGGAAAGAGAAUGGAAAUGAUCUACAUCAACGGGGUUCGUGGCCAAUGGCGAGGGAGUGCUUAGUUCGUGAGAGAUGGAAAUUGGGAAAUGUUCCCUCGUUAUCUUCGCAUAAAAAAGGCCCUGAUGCAAGUUCUACCAAGCUCAAGAUCUCUGUCCCAAUCGGCCAAGGUCAUCCCAUUUCUGGUUUCCAAAAUUGGGUCAAUCUCCGGGAAGAAAUUGCCCCGCGAGGUCUCUUUUGUUCCACUCGAGUUCAUCUCAUUGUUCGAUGCGACAACAAUGUGGAACAAUGGUUGGGAACGUUGGGGUUGGCCGUUAAACCAACGCCUCUCCGACGGGAAAGUUUGUGCUUCGAUCCAGAAGAAGGCGAUGGGGGGACCCAUAACCAGCCAAGACCAGGGGGUUCAAUUCCCCCAAGAAAAUCCCGGCGAAAGCUAUCACAACCAAACGAUUCCUAUGGGCAAGAAAAAACCUGUAUUCCACUGCAGAAUUGUCAUGGUAGAGAUCCACCCACCAUCGAGGAGAGGAAACUUUCUGGAAAACUCUCGAAGACAACAGGUGACGGCGACCUCACCACAUCGGAUAAUGGUGAAUGCAAUAGCAUUUUGGAAACCACGGAGGCCAGAUUUGACCUAGACUUGAACGAAGAGCGGAAAUUGAAGUUGCUUCAUAACACCUCAGCUUUGACGCCCACGAAUUCCAUUCACGACAGCUGUCACGGGGAGAGUAACCCGGAUUCGAAGGUUGACAAUGACUUGAAUAGAAGCCAUCUAUUUGAAACUAAAAUUCUGGAUUCCAUUCGAGGGAUAGAAAUUGCUCCCUAUCUGCCCAAUGGGAGGAUUGAGAUGACUCACUCCGAAAAACGAACCCGUCAGUUUCGGAACGUAUUUCUCGGCUUAUUAAAGAUGCGAUAUGCGGCAGGAGAUCAGACAGUGGUCAACUACAGAGAGAGGCGAAAAAAGAAGACCUCAUCAUCGACACCUUUGAGAUCUAAAUCAGAGGAUCCAUCGCUUGACUCGGUCCUCUCAAGUGACUCCUACAGCACCGAGGAGCGGCAAACGGCUCUAAAGCGACGAAUUCAGCGAAAGAAGCACAAGAGCGGAAAUUUGAUUCCAAUGCCUCCCAUCCCCAAGACCAUCAGUGGCGAUAACAAUGGCGAACAAGAGAUUGCGAGUCGAUCAAAUUUAGAUUCUGUCAACGCCAUGCCUGAUCUGGAGCGAUUGAAAUCGGGUGAAAUGAGCCUAUGCAGUGAUCUGGAGGAAGGCAUUCGUCGUGGAGCCAGCCCACCUCAAUCCAACCAUCCGACUCUAUUUCAACAUAAGCAAAUCAUGUACCACCAAUCUUUACCGGGUAGCAUUUCGGAUUUGAAAUGCUUUUCAAACGACCCCAUGCCUCGGACUCAGAGCUCUUGAUGCUCUUGAUGCUCUUGGUACCAGAGCGCAACGAGCAAUAAAGAGACCAUUUGAUUCCGUCAUCACUAAAAAGGACAGCAUUAUUUAUCCUCGUACUUUGCCGGGGCAGCCAGGCAACUGAUGGAAAACCGAUGAAACUUGUAUUGACAAUAAAUGCACUUUUAGGAUCAGGGACAGGCGUGAUG